AGCAUCACUAUGCCACCUAACAAUCUCCGUUCCAUCUAGUCGGCACCAUCCGUUGCUUAUUUUGGGAGAGAUGGAUUGUGUCCAGGGGAAGUAUUCUGACUGCUCGCCCCCUCAGGGGCGCAAGAGGUUGAAGAAGGAAAAUGGGUAUCAGGGGGGAGGGAAAAGAUUGCUGGGGAGGAAUGGGGAGAAGGGGAAGGAAAGAGGGCCUAAUGGAAUGGUUCAUGAACGAAUUGUGUUGAAGAAGAUUGCAGGUGAUGAGAUGGUUGAAGGUUGGCCUAAGUGGCUUGUUGAUAAUAUUCCCAGAGAGGUUUUGGCUGGUUUGGUUUCGAAGAGUGCGGAUUCCUAUGAUAAGCUUGCCAAGGCGCAGGAGUUCAAAAUCAAAGCGAUCUUCUCAAAUGAAGUGUGAAGGUCAGAUAAAAGACAUGCUGACAGAACGAGAUAAAGGAGAUACUGAAUCUUCAACAGAGGAUAAGAGUACAGAGAAGGGUGCACAAGGGCAAGAAACAAGUAACAAUACAAGCAGCAGGUCGUCUAGUUUUAACCCAUUCAAGCAUGUACAAAACCAAACUGCAUCUCUAUCUCCCUCUCCCAUUAAGCGUUCUACUCCACAAAGAUCCCUGAAGACAGGGGGUCAUCCUAAUGCUACCAGGAACAUCCAGAGCUUUACCCUUUUGCAGGCAUCUAUAACAGAUAUCAUCAACUUCAACCAAGGCAAUUCUCAUUAUCGAAAGUCUUUCUCUACAUCGGACUCCGAACAUUGGAUCCUGAUUGUCAUCAUCUCAGCGGCAUUAGUGGUGAUGGAAUAUAAUCUAUUUAGCUGA